AUGGCCCCGACCCACGAUCUCAGAGUCGAGAAGCUCUUCUCGGUCAAGGAUUACGUAUGCGUCAUCACAGGCGGUGGCACGGGCAUUGGCCUAAUGGCCGCACAGGCGCUGGCCGCCAAUGGUGCCAGGGUAUACAUCACUGGUAGAAGACAGGAGGCUCUGGAAGCAGCAGCCAAGUCCCACAGUCCUUCCGAUGGAACGGAGGGAACCAUUAUUCCUUGCGGUCCUUGCGAUGUCACUAAGAAGGAUGACCUUGAGAAGCUGUACGAAGAAAUAUCAAAGAAGGAGAAGCAUAUCAACCUCUUGAUAUGCGCAGCUGGCAUCGCAGGGACCAAGGCUGAGCCCGAUCAUGAGCAUGCCGGGAGUCUGAAGGAGAAACUAUGGAACAACGAGACGUUUGAGACGUGGAAUGAUGUGUACAGUACCGAUGUCACCUCGGUCUACUUUACGACAGUUGCCUUCCUGCCUCUGUUGCAGGCAGGCACGGAGUCCCACGGCCAUCUCUCGGCUUCAGUCAUUGUCAUUUCCUCCAUGAGCGGAAUCAUGCGCCACGCCCAGGGCCACUUCUCAUACAACGCCGCGAAGGGUGGUACGGUUCAUCUGACAAAGCUCAUGAGUGCGGAGUUCCAGAAGGCGCGUGUCAGGGUCAACAGCAUAGCGCCCGGCUACUUCCCGUCCGAGAUGACGACAAAGCAGAGCGGAACGGACCAGAAGAGUCACCUGCCGGCAGAAAAAGUGCAGGCCAAGGGACACGUGCCGGCCGAAAGAGCGGGCAGCGACGAGGAGAUGGCGCAGGCUGUGCUUUUCUUGACCAAGAACGCCUAUGUCAACGGAGAAAUCCUCGCGGUGGAUGGCGGUGUGCUUAACGUCGUUUCGGGAAGGUGA